UUGGAUGCAGCGUAGAACUAGUACUAUAAUAGUGACACCGCGCUGUCACUAAUCCGCAAGAACAAUCGUUCGUCAUCAUCAGCUCAUCAAUCAAGCACUACUAGCAGUCAUUGAACCUCUUUUCCUGUCCACCUCGUGCCCAAAUCAUGGCCGCACAACAGAACGAGUAUGAUUUUGUCAUUGUUGGCGGUGGCAAUGCCGGUCUUGUCGUGGCCGCGCGUUUGACCGAGAACCCCAACGUCUCUGUCCUCGUUCUCGAAGCCGGCGGUAAUGCCUUGCAGGACCCCAGAAUUGCUGUCCCAGCGAUGUGGUCCAGUAUCUUGGGCACGGAUUUCGACUGGGAUUUCCUCACCACGCCACAGGAAAACCUCAAUGGGAGACAGAUUGGCCAGCCACAAGGCCGUCUUCUCGGGGGUUCGAGUGGCCUGAACGCCGAGGUCUUCGUCCCACCAUCUGCAGCUGACUUCGACAAAUGGGAGGCCAUGGGGAAUGAGGGAUGGGGCUGGAAGGAAUUUGGCCCGUUCUUCCGCAAGUUCUUCACCUUGGCGCAGCCAGAGGACAAGCUGCGUGAGCAUCUGGGCAUCACCUGGAUCGACGACAAGGUGACCGGGGCCCGGGGCCCAAUCAAGGCGAGUUUCACAGACUCGCCCGAGAACCCCUUGAGCAAAGCCUGGCUCGAGGCCUUCAAGAGGCUCGGCGGUGACCUCACCGCUGACCCUUUCAGUGGCCGCUCUACAGGAGCCUUCAGUUGCCCGGCGAGCGUCGAUCCCGAGACGAAGACGCGCAGCUACUCGGCUAGUGGUUACUACGCACCGGCGGCUCAGCGCCCUAACCUUGAAGUCGUGACCGGAGCCAACGUCAACAAGAUAAUUCUGAAGAGCUCUGGAGACGGCCCGUCUGUCGCAGCGCGUGCCGUUGCCUUCACGGGGACUGAUGGCGCCGAGCAUCAAGUCAGCGCGCGACGCGAUGUGAUUCUCGCCGCGGGAGCGUUCCAGACACCAAAGCUGUUGGAACUGUCUGGAAUCGGCAACAAGAGUCUCCUUGAGAAGCUUGGGAUUGACUGCAAGGUGGACAACCCUGGCGUGGGAGAGAACCUGCAAGACCACAUGAUGACAGGUGUGAGCUUCGAAGUAGCCGACGGAAUUAUGACCGGGGAUUGUCUUAUCCGCCAGGAGCCAGGGAUCGCCGAGGCAUUCAUGAAGAUGUACCAGGAGCACAAGGCCGGGCCACUGGCGGGUGCCGCCCUGACGAGCUACGCAUUCAUGCCUCUGCUGGGAGACACGAUCGACAAGCUCGAGGCAGGUGCUCGGGAGAGUCUCAAGGAGGCUGUCAGGGGCCUACAGACCGACGGAGAUCUGAAGUCUGCCAGCCAGCGGGCCACCGCAGAGUAUGUGACCGAGCUACUGGAAAGUGGCUCGGAGGCCACAGGCGCGUUCUUUGCGCUGCCUGUCCAGGUGAAUCUUCACAACGGUCCCCGCCAAAUCGGCAUGACUACCAACCCGGUUGAUGGAAACUACAUGAGCAUCGGCGCAGCCAUCAUCCAUCCCCUGUCGCGCGGCAGCAGCCAUAUCGCCUCAGCCGAUGUGGCCACACCACCAACGAUCGACCCCCGGUACAUGAGCCACCCGUUCGACAUCGAGGUCUACGCGCGCCACCUGAUGGCCGUCGAAGCUCUCGCACAGACCGAGCCCCUGGCCUCGGUCCUGAAGCCCAACGGCCGGCGGGCCCAGCCCGGGCCGAAUGGGGCCAAGGUGGACACGGUCGAGCGGGCAAAGGAGUACAUUAGGGCCACCGCAAUCAGCAACAACCACCCCGUGGGGACGUGCUGCAUGGCCCCUCGGGACAAGGGCGGCGUGGUUGACUCCCAGUUGAAGGUGUAUGGUGUCGAGGGGCUUCGCGUCGUCGACUCGAGCAUCAUGCCUCUCAUCACCUCGGCAAACACGCAGACGACGGUUUAUGCUGUCGCCGAGAAGGCGGCGGAUAUAAUCAAGCGGAGUUAUGGUAUAUGA